AUGGACGAAGCGGCUCUAGAUGAUUUGAUCGCGCGGCUGCUGGAUGUGCGGAAUGGACGGCCAGGAAAACUCGUUCAAUUGACUGAAGCAGAGAUUCGCAAUCUCUGCACCACUGCAAGAGACGUCUUUUUGCAGCAGCCCAACCUCCUGGAAUUAGAAGCUCCAAUUAAGAUAUGCGGUGACAUUCAUGGCCAGUAUUCGGACCUCUUGCGCCUCUUUGAAUACGGCGGUUUCCCUCCGGAAGCCAACUAUCUGUUUUUAGGAGACUACGUGGAUCGAGGCAAGCAAAGCCUCGAGACUAUCUGUCUGCUUCUGGCGUACAAGAUCAAGUACCCGGAAAAUUUCUUUUUGCUCCGAGGAAACCAUGAAUGCGCUUCCAUAAACCGCAUCUACGGCUUCUACGAUGAGUGCAAGCGCAGGUACAACAUUCGGCUGUGGAAAACCUUUACUGAGUGUUUCAACUGCCUUCCGGUAGCUGCGUUGAUAGACGAGAAGAUUCUCUGCAUGCACGGCGGCCUCUCGCCCGACCUGCGGUCGCUGGACCAGAUCAAGAAGAUCGGUCGCCCUACUGAUGUACCAGACGCCGGUCUGCUGUGCGACCUGCUGUGGGCUGACCCUGACAAGGACAUUCAAGGUUGGGGAGACAACGACCGGGGUGUGUCGUACACGUUCGGCGCGGAUGCCGUCACUGACUUCCUUGACCAGCACGACCUGGACCUAGUUUGCCGCGCUCAUCAGGUUGUGGAAGACGGUUACGAGUUUUUUGCCAAGCGCCAGCUCGUCACAGUGUUUUCCGCACCCAACUAUUGUGGCGAGUUUGACAAUGCCGGAGCCAUGAUGAGUGUGGACGAGAGCCUCAUGUGCUCCUUCCAGAUUCUUAAACCGGCUGAAAAGAAGCCCAAGUUCGGUUAUGGGGCAGCAGGAGGGGCGCGUGGAGCAGGUCAACCACGAGGUGGACGGAGAUGA